GUGUGGGCGCUACCAGAACCCGAUUCAGACUACUCUCCCUUCCCUCACCAAACUUUUACUUCACCACAGCAUGUGAGGGUGCUGCACGACCCGAUUCAGACUACCUUCCCCUCCCCCACCCUCAUUAUUCAUCACGGCAUGUGGGGGCGCUACAUGACCCGAUUCAGACUACUCUCCCCUCCCACACCAUCAUUACACCCGCCACGCAUGUGGGGGCGCUACUACACCACUACUCUCCCCUCCCACACCAUCAUUACACUCCGCCACGGCUACUCUCCCCUCCCACACCAUCAUUACACUCCGCCACGGCUUGUGUGGGCGCCACACGACCCGAUUCAGACUACUCUCCCCUCCCCCACCCUCAUUAUA